AUGUAUGUUGGAAAAAUUCCAAAUGAAAUUUUCACAUUAAAUGAGUAUGAAAAAGUACUUAUACAGCGAGCAAAAGCAUUUCAAGUAGUUCAAAGAUUAGGAACCGUUGCUAAAAAAAAUCUACCUCAUACUAUGCGAAUACAAAAACUCAAAGGUCAAACAUUUCAUCUUCCCUUGCCAAUAGAAGAAACGCUCAAAAAAAUUUGUUCUACAACUGAUCCUUUGAAUAAACAUCAUGAGUUGUACAUUGUGAUGCGUAGUAUACCUACAAAGUCAAAUGUUAUAUGGGAGAAAAUGGUUAGCUUAGAAAAUGUAUUCAGAGUAUUGACAUGGUUAAAGAGUAAUAAUACUCUUUACUCUGAAAUUAAAUUACCACAAUGUCCUCAAAAUUUACGUGAAUGGUUAGAUUCAAAGAAUAUUUCAUUUCAAAUUGAAAUGAAUGAAGAUGAAAAUUGUGAAAAUACAAUAAACGGUGAAAAAAAUAAUAUAGUUAGUGAAGCAGAGAUUCUUAAUGAUCAAAACGUUGAGGAGCUAAGUAAUAAGUCAGAAGAUCGAGAAAAUAAAGGAGAGAAUCAUAGUAUUACUAAAGAACAUAGCUAUAGUAAAAUAUCAUCUGUCAGAGACAGAAGUAUAAAUUCUAGUGAUCACACUUACAGUACAAUAUCAUUGUCAACAAAAGACAAAGAGAGUACUGAUAAAAUUGAUAUUCAAAAAAGUAAAAGUAAAACAUCUCAACAUCAAGCUAUGAUUACUCAAGUAUUAAAUCCAGAGAGUUCUCAAUAUGCCCAAUACACUAUAUAUCCUCUUCACGAUAAAAGAAAGAAUGAAACUUCAACAAAUAUGUAUCAAAUGUUAAAAAUUAAUGAAAAAGCAUUAGACAAUCGAUUGAAAACAUUAGACUUACAAUGUUUUCCAGAUUUAUAUCCUUAUGGUAAAAACGGUCAAUGUGAAGAAAGAGAAGUACGUAUAACUGCUUUCGAAUUUAUUAAACCAAAAUUAAAAUCAGCUGAUUCACGUUUUCGUCUAAAUCAGCAAUAUUUGUUCUUUUUAUUAAAUGACGCUAACAUUCGUCAGCUUGGUGCAGGUGUUUAUCAUACGCUGGAUGUUACAAAUUCUCGUGAAAGAUACACAGCGGGAAGUUAUUUGAAACAUCUCAAAGAUGGUCAGUUAGAAGCAAAUUUAACAACUCUAUUUGCUCGACUUCGAAAUUCAGAACAAUUUUGGAGUAAGCCUAGAAAUAAUUUGGCAUGUAUGACACGUCAUUACGGACCUGCAACAUGGUUUUUUACUGUCAGUCCUGCUGAAUGGCUUUGGGAUGAUUUAAUUGAGUAUAUAAAGGAAAUUAAUGCUCCACAUUUUGAUAAACUAUCUGCAAGUGAAGUAAUUGCAGCUGACUCAGUAUCAGUUUCAAGAUUUAUUGACAGUAAAUUUCAAGCUGUUCUUGAAUUCAUCAAGUCCGAUAGCCAACCUCUCGGUCCACUCAGUCAUUACUUUUGGCGCCGAGAAUAUCAAGGUAGAGGAAUUCAACAUUUUCAUUUAAUACUUUGGGUAGAAGGUGCUCCGAUAAUGGGUAUUAACACCAAUGAAGAAGUUGUUGAAUUUAUCAUGAAAUACGUAACUUGUAAGUUACCUGAUAGAAAAAUAUCACCAACACUUCACAGACGCGUAACUACACAUCAACAACACAAUCACAAUAGUUACUGCUUACGAACAAAGAAACUCAAGUCAGGUAAAGUUAGUAAAGCUUGUCGAUUCGGAUUUCCACGGCCUGUUUCUGAAAACUUUGUAAUUCGUGAUACUGCUACUCCAAUAGCCGGGCGUAGAAACUUAAAAAGUAAAAGCCGACUGUAUGAUCUUCCUCGUAAUGAGAACGAAGUAAAUAUUAAUGAUUACAAUCCAUCAGUUUUAUCUGUCUGGGAAGGAAAUAUGGAUAUCCAAUUUAUUGGAGAAAAAUCUACGAUACUGACACAAUAUGUCACAAAAUAUGCUACGAAAAGAGAAAUAACUAAAUCAUCAGAAACAAUUAACGAAAUUAACUCAACCAAAACUUUACCACAGCUUUUGUGGAAGAUUGCGUUUCGUAGUUUGACUCACAGAGAAGUCGGAGCUCUAGAAGCUGCUGAUACUUUGUUGGGCAUUUCUCUACAUGGUACAGAUUCAGAAACUAUCAUUAAAUGGUUAGAUGUCCGAAUGAUAAGAAAUAGAAAGUUGAAAACCAAAGAAGAAAUUGAAGAAUUAGUACGUAAUGAUCCCGAAUCAACUGAGAUAUUUUGUCCUUCAUUAAUUGAUGAUUAUUAUCCUAAUCGUCCUAAAGAUUUAGAAAAUUUAUGCUUGUAUAAUUUUGCUAAAUGGUACGAUACAACUAAGACAGAACCAAAAAAUAAUAUUAAUGAAUAUAAUAUUGCAAAUCGACCAGAGGAUUAUUUCUACUCAUUGUUAUUAUUAUUUCAACCAUGGCGUAAUAUAGAUGAGCUUAAAAAUGGAUUUGAAACUUACACAGAGUCAUUUACUCAUCAGCAGUAUAUGCUUCAACAAGCUAAUGAUUAUCAUGAAUACAAUGAAGAAUUUGAAAAAGGUUUAGAAUACAUAAAAACAUUGAUUGAAAAUAAAUGCAAUAAUGACGAUGAUAAUAAUGAUGAUUCUCAGAAAAAGUCAUCAAACUGUGAUGCUGCCGAAAUACAUAUAAUAGCUAAAGAAAUCAAUGAUGCUGCACAAAAGCAUGAUAAUAAUAAUUGUACUCUAGCUGAUAUGAUUAAUAACAUGAACGCUGAUCAAAUGAAAGUUUUUGAAAAAAUUAAAAAUAACGUAUUAUCUGAUAAUACUAAAUUAAGAUUGUAUGUUAGCGGAGAAGGUGGUACAGGAAAAAGUUUUCUAAUUAAUGUAAUAAAACGUUGGAUUAGAGAAGAAUUGAAUCGAGAAACAGUUGUAACAGCCCCUACUGGGAUUGCUGCUUUCAAUAUUAAUGGAUUGACUAUACAUCGAGUAUUUCAAUUGCCUGUCAAACAUGGUUUCACACCAUCUUAUACGCAAUUGUCUGACAAUGUGCUAAAAGCAUUACGUGAUUAG